AUGUCGGAGAACUACGUCGCCCCCGGCCAACAGCGCUACCUUCGGGCCUGCAUGGUCUGCUCUAUCGUUAUGACCUACGCUCGCUUCCGUGACGAAGGAUGCCCCAACUGCGAAGACUUCCUCCAUCUCCAAGGCUCGCCCGAUCAGAUCGACAGCUGCACGUCGCAAGUUUUCGAGGGAAUCAUCACCAUUGCCAACCCGCAAAGGUCGUGGGUGGCGAAGUGGCAGAGGUUGGACGGUUAUGUGAAGGGUGUAUACGCGACCAAGGUGUCGGGCCAGUUGCCGGAUGACGUCCGGACUACGUUGGAGGAUGACGGCAUCCAGUAUAUCCCGCGCGAUGGCAGUGCGACGGAGGCGGACUAG